GGAAUCACAUUUCUUGACUGUCUUAACGAUGUCGCUUUUCGUUAACCUACCAAGUAUUCUGUACGCCAUACCACGGAACCCUGUCACAGCCAUAGGGUUACCUUUGACCCUUGGACUGCUAAGCGGCAGGAGCACAAAGGAAGUUACGCAGACUCAGUGGUACAAUUGCUUGUAUACGCCCCCGGGACGUCCGCCGGCAAAGGUCUUCCCCACUGUAUGGCCUCUACUUUACAUAGCUAUGGGCUAUGCUUCACAUCUUGCCAUUAAAGCGUACGAUUCUGCGGUGUCUGAUGCAGUCAGGAACGAGAUAUCGCUGGGACUUGGCCUAUACUACACUCAGCUUGCUUUCAACUGCCUCUGGACACCCUUGUUCUUCAACUUUAAGCAGGUUGGCUGGGCACUAGUGGACAGCGUCAUUCUGGCCGGGACAACCUUCUACAUGACCAGAACUCUAGAUGCCCCGACCUCAUCAAAGACAACGUACCUCUUGCUGCCAUAUUGUGCAUGGCUGUCCUUUGCGACAUAUCUCAACGGCGGCAUUUGGUGGUUAAACCGUAACCGUACUCUCAAUAAGAACAUGUAAUCAUAAUUUUACAAAUCGUUCGAGACAGGACGUUGCCAGUAUCGGUACAACCGUACUGUCUUGACGCACUGUUGUACUAGGAAUCCAGACCACAAUUUAGGAGAGCGAAGUCGCGGUUCCAUGGAAUGAUGGUGCAAGAAAGGCGAGCCAAUCCGGAAG